AUGUCUUCACCAUCUAGUUCCCAGAAGAUGAGGAAUCUUAACCAACUGAAAUUGGAUCUGGUCCCCAAAGUCAUCCCAUACUUACUUUUCCUGGGCAUUACUAGGCUUAUAACCCCUACCUCUCAGCCUACUGAUCGAGACACUGGUAUCUACAAAACAUCCAUCGACAGUGCCCUGUACAUGUGCACUACAUGUAAAGAGCCACACGGUCCUAGUGGGGACAAGGGCCUAGAGAUCUAUGGCACAUGGAGGCUGGGGUCUGAAGUGAUGGCUCGGGCAAAGGCCAAGAAACAGACUGAAAGGUGUGCCAUCUUCUGAGGAGCAGUGGGUGAGGAAGAGAGGGCUGGAGUGGUGGAGGAGAAGCCAGGAGGUGAAGAAAUGGAAGCAAUGGAGGAAAACAAAGUGGUAAAUUAGGUGAAAGUCAAGGGAGGUCCCUGGUCCCUGAAUGUGGCUCUCCACAUGAGCUCCGUGGAGGCCAGCCAGCCAGAAAUGGACACGAAUGCUCAGGCUGACAGAGCCAUACUGCAGGUGGAGCACAAAUUUGGGAAGGUAUGGCAACACUACCUAGAGCAGAGGAACUACAUCAUUCAGAAUAUCCCCAGCUUCUAGGUCAGGGCCUUUUGGAACCACCCACAGCUGUCCACCCUGAUUAGAGGCCAAGAAGCAUAGAUGUUUAAGUACAUAACCAAUAUGGAGGUGAAGGGCUUCAGAUACCCUAGGAUGGGCUGCAAGUUCAAGUUGUUCUUUCUAAGAAACCCAUAGUGCAGAAACAAGCUCACUGUCAAGGAAUAUGAGGUUAGAACUCCCAGCCAAGUGAUGUCUCUUGCCACUCCAGCAAGACGUCAUAAGAAUCAAGACAUCAUCUGCAGCUUCAUUGCCUGGUUUUCAGACCACAACCUCCCAGAGUCUGACAGAAUUGCUGAGAUUAUCAAAGAGGACCUCUGGCCAAAUCCACUUGAAUACUACCUAUUGCAUGAAAAAGCCCGUAAAGCUAGACUUGGCCAGAUAAGGAAGCCAGUAGAGAUCUCCUUGAGUUCCAAAGUGGUUAACCUCACCCUUGAAAAUACUCCCAUACAAGAUCCCCUACCAUUUCCUGCUGGACCUGUGCUUUGGCAACAGCACUGGAUAUGCCCAUUACUCUUUAUGUGCUGACCUUUCAGCAUCUUCCUUCCUUUGAACAUUCGUUCUCUCAACUUUAACAUUAGACCUUUAUGGCAGUUCCAUAUUAACAUCACAGGCUAUGUGGCAUGGUUCACACUCUUCUAAGCCAAACAAAUGAUAUUAUAAAUUGCACUGCUUUUAUCUACACUGCUUGUUUGUUCCCAGGGCCUCUAGCCUGGUCACUACCACCUGGAUUUCUAGCUAUGUUCAGGAGCCUGUUUUACUCACUUUGCUCAUCACCUGUGGACAAUUGCUGGGCAUUAAUAAAACCCAGGGAAAACAGCAGUGUGCCACUUGGUCUAUGUGAUUUAUGCAACUCCAUUGCUCUUCUUACCCUUCUGGUCACCGACUGCUGCCUAUACCCACCCCCUCAGGCUGUUGCCUGCUGGAUGGACAUUUUCCAGACCAUUGUCAGCUCCACUUUCUGAUUUUAGAUAAACACUGAUCUCCAGAACUGGUGGUGGGUCCACGUUUCCUGCCAGCCCAUGAAAGACCUUUCUAUU